GACUGCCCAGCGGCCAGCUGAGGUCAGAGCCGGAUAGCAGAGGAUCUGGAGCCCGAGUACCUGCAGCCCCCGGAUCUCAGCCAGUAACACUCUUGGUGAACCAGCCAGAAGUCAUCCACUUGGUUCCUGAGGUGGAUCAGACAACAGAAUGGCCCUGAUGUCUGGUGCGACCAGGAGAUUUCCCCUGGAGACCUUGGAGCAGCCCUGAAAGCUGAUCCAUCCCCGGCCCGAAAGAUGACUCUGUGGGUGGCAUGAAACUUGCCUGAGUUGUUUGUUGAUGGUGUUUACGCCCUGCAACAGAUAAUGGUGUAGUUAUUGCAGAGAUUCUAAAGCCACAAAUCCAGUCAACCUCGAGGAGGCCUGGCCUGUGGAACAGAAGCUGGCAAAGAGAGGUCCUAUCUUCUGGACCCAUGUGUUCGCACUCCUUGUCUCUUCGACACUGAAAGGGAUGACUGUGGGAAUCUUUGCAUAUUGUACCUUCUGUUUGAAAGUCAAGUACUUACCUCGUCAGCAGAAGAAAAAGCUACAAACUGACAUUAAAGAAAAUGGUGGAAAUUUUUCAUUUUCAUUAAAUCCCCAGUGUACACAUGUAAUCAUAGACAAUGCUGAUGUUCUGAGUCAGUAUCAAAUGAAAUCUAUCCAAGAGAAACAUAUCCAUAUUGUAAACCCAGAUUUUAUAUGGGAAUCUAUCAAAGAAAGGAGACUCUUGGAUGUAGAGAAUUACAAUCCUAAUAAGUCAUUGGACAUCACACUACCUCCUGGUCAAAAGGAAAGUAGUUCUGAAGUGGAAACAGAUGAUCCAUCCCUGGACAAUUCCACAGAGAAGGAAAACAUUGUGGAUUUCACCAAGCUUUAUACAGAGAAUGUUGAAAUUCCUCAUUUUCCUCAAGAAUUUGAAGUUGCAAAAUAUGACACCUUGGAAAAAAUUGAGGCAGAGGGCGGGAAGGAAAUUGUAGUAGUGGAAAUGCAGUGCUUCCAGGAACAGUGGGACUAUCCUUUUCUAAUAACCGCAUGUUUCCUCCUGGCCAAUGGCAUUGAGACUAGAAGACAAUUCUCUGGAAAGAAAACUUCUGCAGAUGCAAGUGAGUACUAUGAAAAUUAUAUUGAAGAGCUGAAGAAACAAGGAUUUCUGCUAAGAGAAAAUUUUACACCUGAAGCAACCGAAUUAGCAUCUGAAAAAUUACAAGCGUUGCUUUUGGAGGAGGUAAUAAAUUUGAAUACUCUGAGCCAAGAGGUCAGUGAUUUGGUGGAGAUGAUUUGGGCGGAAACGCUGGGCCAUCUGGAGCACACGCUUAUCAAGCCAGUGAACAAAAUCAGCCUUAAUGAUGUGAGCAAGGCAGAGGGCAUUCUCCUUCUAGUAAAGACAGCACUGAAAAAUGGAGAAACAGCAGAACAAUUGCAAAAGAUGAUGACUGAAUUCUACAGAUUAAUACCUCACAAAGGUACAACAACUGAAGAAGUUAACCUAACACUAUUAUCUAAGAAAGAGGAACUCUGCCAGCUAAUAAGAGACAUGGUGAAUGUCUGUGAAACUAAUUUGUACAAACCCAACCCACCAUCUCUUGCAAAAUACCGAGCUUUGAGAUGCAAAAUUGAGCAUGUUGAACAGAACACAGAAGAAUUUUUCAGUGUUAAGAAAGUGAUAUUACAGAAUAAUCACAGUAAAAGUCCAGUGGACAUCUUGCAGAUAUAUAGAGUUGGCAGAGUGAAUGAAACCACAGAAUUUUUGAGCAAACUUGGCAACGUGAAAUCCUUAUUGCAUGGAUCUCCUGUACGAAACAUUGUAGGAAUUCUAUCCCGAGGGCUGCUUUUACCCAAAGUAGUUGAAGAUCAUGGUGUAAAAAGAACAGACGUCGGCAGUCUUGGGAGUGGGAUAUAUUUCAGUGAUUCACUCAGUACAAGCAUUAAGUAUUCAUGCCCAGGAGAGACAGAUGGCACUAGACUCUUGGUCAUUUGUGAUGUGGCCCUCGGGAAGUGUAUGGACUUACACAAGAAGGAUUUUUCAUUAACAGAAGCCCCACCAGGUUAUGACAGUGUCCAUGGAGUCUCACAAACAGCAGCUGUCAUCACGGACUUUGAGGAUGAUGAAUUUGUUGUAUAUAAAACCAAUCAGAUUAAAAUGAAUUAUAUGAUUAAAUUUUGCAUUCCUGGAGACCAGAUAAAGGAUUUUCAUCCUUGUGGUAAUACUGAAUUAGAGGAAUACCUACCUGUGUUUUCAAGUUUUUCAAAGGGUGAAGAUUACCAGUUACCAGAUACCAAAACUUCCAGCAACAUCGGAGCUGGUCUUCAGGAUACCUCUGGGAAUUUAGUUCCUCUUGAGGAUGUUCACAUCAAGGGAAGAAUAAUAGACGUCGUAGCCCAGGUCAUCGUUUUUCAGACAUACACAAAUCAAAGUCAUGUGCCCAUUGAGGCAAAAUAUAUCUUUCCUCUGGAUGAUAAAGCAGCUGUGUGUGGUUUUGAAGCUUUCAUCAAUGGGAAGCAUAUAGUAGGAGAGGUUAAAGAGAAGGAAGGAGCCCGUCAAGAAUACCAAGAAGCCAUCAGUCAAGGCCAUGGUGCUUACUUGAUGGAUCAGGAUGCACCUGAAGUUUUUACUGUAAGUGUUGGAAACUUACCUCCUAAGGCUAAGGUUCUUAUCAAAAUUACCUAUAUCACUGAACUCAGCGUCCAAGGUACUGCUGCUGUUUUCUGCAUGCCUGCUACUGUGGCACCCUGGCAACAAGACAAAGCUUUGAAUGAAAACAUUCAGGAUACAGUAGAGAAGAUUUGCGUAAAGGAAAUAGGGACAAAGCAAAGCUUCUCUUUGAGUAUAUACAUUGAGAUGCCAUACGUGAUCGAAUUCAUUUCUAGUGAUACACAUAAACUAAAACAAAAGCGCACAGACUGCAAAGCUGUAAUUAGCACUAUGGAAGGUAGUUCCUUGGACAGCAAUGGAUUUUCUCUCCACAUCGGUUUUUCUGAUGCAUAUCUCCCAAGAAUGUGGGUUGAAAAAUAUCCUGAGAAAGAAAGUGAGGCUUGCAUGCUUGUCUUUCAGCCAGAUUUCAAUAUCACCCUCCCUGAAACAGCCAAGAAAAGUGAAGUUAUUAUCUGUCUUGAUUGUUCCAAUUCUAUGGAGGGUGAGGCAUUCUUGCAAGCCAAGAAAAUUGCCUUAUAUGCACUGUCCCUGGUGGAUAAGAACCAAAAAAUAAACAUUGUCAAGUUUGGCACAAGUUACAAGGAAUUAUUUUCAUACCCUAAGUAUAUCACAAGUAAUGAUAUGCCAACAGAGUUCAUUAUGGCUGCUACACCUACCAUGGGAAAUACAGACUUCUGGAAAACUCUCCGAUAUUUAAAUUUGCUGUACCCUUCUCAGGGGCUACGGAACAUCCUCCUUAUAUCUGAUGGGCACAUUCAGAACGAGAGCCUAACAUUCAAGCUUGUGAAAAGAAAUGUCCAGCACACCAGGAUGUUCACCUGUGGCACUGGUUCUACAGCAAAUCGUCAUAUCUUAAGGACUUUGUCCCAGUGUGGUGCCGGAGUAUUUGAAUAUUUUAACUCAAAAUCCAAACAUAGAUGGAAAACACAGAUAGAAGACCAAAUGACUAGAUUACACUCUCCAAGUUGCCACUCAGUCUCUGUCAAAUGGCAGCAGCUAAGCACGAAUUUGCCUGAACCUUUGCAGGCACCAGCCCAGGUGCAGUCCUUGUUCCACAAUGACCUCCUCCUCGUCUAUGGGUUUAUUCCACAUUGCACACAGGCAACUCUAAGUGCAUUAAUUCAAGAGAAAGAAUUUUGUACAAUGGUGUCAACUACAGAACUUCAGAAGACAACUGGAACUAUGAUUCACAAGCUGACAGCCCGAGCUCUCAUUAGAGAUUUUGAAUAUGGCAUUCUCCAUGAAAAUGAAACACAUCACCAGAUGAAGAAGCAAGUCUUGAAAUCUCUGAUUAUUAAAAUCAGUAAAGAAAACUCUCUCCUAACACAGUUUACAAGCUUUGUGGCAGUUGAGAAAAGAGGUGAGAAUGAGUUACCUUUUCCUAAUAUUCCAAAUAUUUUGGAACUUAUUGCCAAAGAAGAUGUGGACUUUCUGCCAUAUAUAACUUGGCAGGAGGAGCAAUCAGAUGCCGGCAUGACACAGACAGGAGAUGCCAACAUAGUCUGAAGUACCCGCCUGAUGCAAGUAGCUUACUCCUCAUCAGCAUCUCUCUCCAACCCACUGUCCAGUCCAAUCCAUGUCUCACGAGUUGGCUUCAGGAAUGGUUCCUGUCCUGAGCCAACAGGUUUGAAGACCAUGACCGCAAGGGUCCUUCUAGUCUCAGUCAGACCAUUUAACCGGGUCUUUUUAUGAGAAUUUGGGGCCUGUGUCCCACUGUUCUCCUGCUCCCUCAGGGGUUCUCUGUUGUGUUCCCUGUCAGGGCAGUCAUGCUCCAAUUCUUUGUGCUCUAAAAUGGUGACAAUAAUUGAACCUGACUCAUAGAGUUGUGAAUAGUAAAUGAAUUAGUACAUGUAAGACCCUUAGAACAUGUCUGGUUCUUGGUAGGCAUUCAAUAAUGUUAGCAUUAUUAUUAGCAAGAGUGCCUGGAAAUAGUCUGAUAGAGACUGGAGGAACCCCCGAGACUAAUGCCCUAAGACAGCCUUCUAACGGAAACUGAAGAUACUCCCAGAGACCACCUCUCAGCCUAUAAAAUAAACAAUAAUACCCAUGAGGAAGGUGCUCCUUAGAAUAAUCAAUUGUACGGGACCAAAAGUGUAGUGAUUGCCCAAAAGCAAGAUGAAAAAGCAGGGAGGGGCAGGGACACUGGAUGAAUGAAAACAAGAAAGCCAGGGAGGAAAUGGGAAUAGGGCUGACAUGUUGCAGGGAUUGCAACCAAUGUCAUGGAACAGUUUGUGCAUGGAAUGUUGAUGGAAAAACUAAUUUGCUAUAUAAACUUUCACUUAAAGUACAAUAAGGUGUAAAAAAAAAAAAAAAAAAAAAAGUGGUAAAGGCACUUUCCUCCAAGCUGGUGGGAGUGUAAAUCAGUACAACCUCUUUGGAGGGCAGUCUAGCAACAUCUAUACUACCGUUAUAAAGAAUAAGGCAGCUCUGUUUGUAUUGUGGAGAACUCUGUGAAUAGUUUGCUACUAUAAAUGGAAGCAGCAGUCAAGAAAUCAAACAUUGUAUUGAAUUGGGCAGAUCUGCUGCAAAAGACCUCUUUAAAGUGUUAAAAAGCAAAGAUGUCACUCUGAGGGCUAAGGUGCACUUGACCCAAACCAUGGUAUUUUUAGCCACCUCAUAUGCAUGUGAAAGCUGGACAGUGAAUAAGGAAGACUGAAGAAGUAUAGAUGCAUUUGAAUUAUGGUGUUGGUGAAGAAUAUUGAAUAUACCAUGGACUGCCAAAAGAUUGAGCAAAUCUAUUUUGGAAGAAGUACAGCUAGAAUGCGCCUUAGAAGUGAGGAUGGCAAGACAUGGUCUCAUGUACUUUGGACAUAUUAUCAGCAGGGACCAGUCCCUGUAGAACGACAUCAUGCUUGGUAAAGUAGAGGGUCAGUGAGAAAGAGGAAGAUCCUCAAUGAGAUGGAUUGACACAGUGACUGUCAUGGAUUGAAUUGUGUCCCCUGAAAUAUGUGUUACCAGUUUGGCUAGGCCACGAUUCCCAGUAUUGUAAUUGUUCACCAUUUUGUCAUCUGAUGUGAUUUCCCUAUGUGUUGUAAAUUCUACCCCUUUGACAUUAAUGAGAUGGGAUAGGUGGCAGUUAUGUUAAUGAGGCAGGACUCAAUCUACGAGAUUGGCUCAUGUCUUGAGGCAAUCUCUUUUGAAAUAUAAAAGAGAGAAAUGAGCAGUGAGACAAGGGGACCUCAUACCACCAAGAAAGCAGCACCGGGAGCAGAGUGCAUCCUUUGGACCCGGGGUUCCUGUGCAGAGAAGCUCCUAGUCCAGGGGAAGAUUGAUGAGAAGGACCUUCCUCCAGAGCCGACAGAGAGAAAGCAUUCCCCUGGAGCUGAUGCCCUGAACUUGGACUUCUAGCCUAUUAGACUGUGAGAAAACAAAUUUCUCUUUGUUAAAGCCAUCCACUUGUGGUAUUUCUGUUAUAGCAGCACUAGAUAACUAAGACAGCGGCUGCAACAAUAGGCUCAAACACAGCAAUGAUUGUGAGGAUGGCACGGGACCAGGCAACGUUUCAUCCUGUUGUACAUGGGGUCGCUAUGAGUCGGAACUGACUCGACAACACCUAACAAUAACAACACUUAAUGUACGAACAAAAUAGGUGAAAAAUGUAUUGGUGGUGUUGUUGUUCGGUGGCGUCGAGUCAGUUCUGGCUCAUAGCGACCCUUUGUACAACAAAAGGAAACAUUGCCUGGUCCUGAGCCAUCCUUACAAUUGUUGAAAAAAAAAUAAAAAUGUAUUAGUGACUUCUUAAUUUUCAUUUUGUUCUUUAUGAAUGAAGAGCAUGUUUUCCUAUUCUUAAGGGUCUACAUAUCUCCCUUUUUAUGAACUGUCUGUUCAUGUCUUUUGUACUUUUUUAUUGUGCUGUUUGUUAGUCAUUUUCUUAUUUAUUUUAGGAAAGUUUAUAUAUUUGGGAAAUGAGCCCUUAGUAAUGUGAAUUCCCCGAAAUUGCUCAUGCAGUUUGAAUUUUUCCUGAUAUAAAAUAAGAAGUAUGGAACCAACUUUUUUAUUCUUUUCCAGAUGGCUACCCACUUUUCCCAAUACUGUUUAUUGAGUGAUUAUUCCUUUUCUCCCACUGAUUUGAAAUACCCUUUUCAUCUUCUAAAUACCCAUGUUUCGGGGUAUAUUGCUUGACUAUCUGCUCUGUUCCAUUGAUCUAUCCAUUUUAGUUAUUGUAGUUAUUAUAAAAUGCUUUAACAUCUGAUGGACCUAAUACAUCGCUAUUGUUCUUUUUGGAUUGCUUGUCUAAUUCCAAAAAAUAUUUCUGAACCAGAUAAACAUUGUUUAAAAAAUAUUGUUUUUAAAUGUGUGUUUUAUUAUGUGUUUUGUAGUAUUAAUUAUUUAAAUGUAUGCUUGGAACUUGGCUGAGUUGGAAAAGGGGUACUGCUUUUUUAAAAGCUCAUUUACUUUGAUGCAUUUAGGGACUAAUUAUUUACAAAAGUAUUAAAGCUAAAGAACUUACCGUGCAUAUGAAACUUGAUUUGAUUAUAUGCAGCUUUUUAAGGGACACCAUAUUUAGAUUGAAAUAAUAGUAAAAUAGCAUCUUUUCAUUCCCCUGUGUUAUCCAUAUUGUUCUACUCUGGUAUGAAGAUACAUUCAUUUAGUUACUUUAAUUAAAGCCUUUGAAAUAUCUUUUCAUUUUUCUCAGUUUCUUAAUAUUGCUGAAAACCAGGAUAAAAAACUAGAAAAAAUUACUUCAAAUCGUUAGCUUAUUUUAGGGCUAAUUUACAUACUGUAAUUCUGCUAAUUGUAACAUUUUGGGCAAGUCACUCUAUUCCUAUGGUUCUCAGUUUCCUCAUACGUAAAAUGAGGGGUGCUUAAAGUUCUGUGAUUCUAAAGAGAUGAAAAGCUUUAAGUACCUGAUAUAUUUAUUGCUGACAUUCUCUCCAGGCCUCAAAUUCCAUAUUUAUAAAAUGAGGGAGUCAUACUUAAAUGAUACUGAAGAUCUCUGGUUUUAUCUUCAAUGUUUUUGCUCAUGUCGAUGAUCCUGAUUCUGGGACUCAAGAUCUGGCGUAAACAAUUGCUUGACUACAAGAAAGUCUUAAGUAUGCUUGUUGGAUUGUUAGUUUUAUUCUGUAUUUUCUUCUUACAUUACAAUUU